AUGAAGAAGAAAAAGAAAAAGAAGAAGGAGGCCAAAAGCAAAAGUGCUCCACCCGGUGAAGGCGAUGAGGAAGCAGAAGAGGAUGAAGAGGGCGAAUUUCACGGAGUCAUUGGCGUCACGCCGAAAAUCACAACUGCUGCUGGUGGCGCCGGUGCUAGUGCCGGUGGUGCCGGUGCUGGUGGUGCCGGUGCUGAUGGUGCCGGU